AUGGAUUAUUCAAUCCCAGAUCAAUACUACUCUAGUUAUUUCUUCUCCGGCAAAUCGUACAACUUCCCGACUGCACCGGCAGCAUGCACAAAUGGAAGUGGCAUGUCAAUGUGGAAUGAAGAAAACUUGCCCUUCUUCAAUAACAAUGAAAAAAUCAACAUGUUGACACCGAUGAGUUCUGAUAUCAAUUCGCCGAUUUCCUCGACCGAGCAACUUUGGGUUUCGGACAUGGCUACGCAGGCAUUGCCAAAGGACUAUAGAGAUUUCUGUGAUUUUGGUGUAGCUGGUGGAGGUUUUGAAGCUCCUUUUCAACUUGAGCUAUGUGAGCAAUCUGGAUGCAGUGUGAUGAUGCCAAAUUUGUGUCAAGCCUAUCCCGGGGUUGGUGAAAAUUGGGGAAUGCAAGGGAAGCCAGCAGUAAAUGUUGAAGAAACCGCAAUGAAAGUUGAGCGAUAUUCAAUUGAAGAAAGGAAAGACAGAAUUCUCAGAUACUUGAAGAAAAGAAACCAAAGGAAUUUCAACAAAACUAUCAAGUAUGCCUGUCGGAAAACCCUAGCCGACAAGCGUGUCCGAGUACGAGGAAGGUUUGCGAAAAACAGUGAACCCAGUGAAUAUGAAAACGAGAAGAAGACAAACGAUAAUUCUUGUGAAGAAAAUAUUGCAUGUUACGAUGACUCCAUCCCGAUGAAAUACGAUGAUGAGGAUGAUUGGUUAGAAGCAGCUAUGUCUAGUCUUAUGUCUUUUCCUUACGUAUCCAGCUGA